ACGGCCUGGCCCGCGCACGGUCCAAUUACGGGCGGCACUCGGGGCAUGCCCCGGGCGCCCCCGCUCCUCUGCCUGGACCGGGACAGGUACUGAAUGAUAACCUUGGAUGAACUUGACCAUCUCCUUGGAGACUUGAAUGUUGACUUUCUUUAAACAUAUGAACCCGUUCUCUUUUAUUGGCAAUGCUGAAAUUCCAAGAGACUGCUAAGAGUGUGAGUGGAUCAAGAACCAUUUCCACUUAUCCAAAAGCCUUGAUUGCAAGAAGAUAUGUGCUUCAGCAGAAGCUUGGCAGUGGAAGUUUUGGAACUGUCUAUCUGGUUUCAGACAAGAAAGCCAAACAAGGAGAGGAACUAAAGGUCCUAAAGGAAAUCUGUAUUGGAGAACUCAAUCCAAACGAGACGGUGCAGGCGAGUCGGGAGGCUCAACUCCUUUCCAGGCUGGACCACCCCGCCAUCGUCAAGUUCCACGCCAGCUUUGUGGAGCAAGAUAACUUCUGCAUAAUCACCGAGUACUGUGAGGGCCGAGAUCUGGACUGUAAAAUUCAGGAAUAUAAGGAAGCGGGGAAAACCUUUCCAGAAAGUCAAAUAAUAGAAUGGUUUAUCCAGCUGUUGCUGGGAGUUGACUACAUGCAUGAAAGGAGGAUACUGCAUCGAGACUUGAAAUCAAAGAAUAUAUUUCUGAAAAAUAAUCUACUUAAAAUUGGGGAUUUUGGAGUUUCUCGACUCCUGAUGGGCUCCUGCGAUCUCGCCACCACCUUAACUGGAACCCCCCAUUAUAUGAGUCCCGAGGCUCUGAAGUACCAAGGCUAUGACACCAAGUCGGAUAUCUGGUCCCUGGCAUGCAUCUUGUAUGAGAUGUGCUGCAUGCAUCACGCAUUCACUGGCUCCAACUUCUUGUCCAUUGUUUUAAAGAUUGUUGAAGGUGACACACCUUCCCUCCCUCAGAGAUACCCAAGAGAACUGAAUGCCAUCAUGAGAAGCAUGUUGAACAAGAGCCCUUCACUGAGACCAUCUGCCAUAGAAAUUUUAAAAAUCCCUUACAUUGAUGAACAACUACAGCACCUGAUGUGUAGAUAUUCAGAGAUGAUUCCGGAAGACAAGAACUUGAAUUGUCAGAAGGAAGCUGCACAUAUAAUUAAUGCUGUGCAAAAAAAGAUCCACCUGCAGACCCUGCGGGCGCUGUCAGAAGUACAGAAAAUGACACCAAGAGAGAGGAUGCGUCUGAGAAAGCUCCAGGCAGCCGAUGAGAGAGCUGGGAAGCUGAAAAAGCUCGUGGAGGAAAAAUAUGAAGAAAAUAGCAAACGACUGCAAGAACUGAGAUCUCGGAACUUUCAGCAGCUCCAUGUCCACGUGCUCCAUGAAAAAACCCUUGAGAAGGGAACGGAAGAAGAGGAGACACCCGAGGGAGGCCUGGCUUGUGUGCCCCGGGAGCAGGAUGACGCAGAGUGGCUAGGCAGGCCUGAGGAACCUGGUGACUUGACAUCAGAGAAGCUGUCAGAGUCUCAGCCGAUGUCUCCCCUGGACCUCCACACACUUGAAUCCAAUGUGGAGGACACCAGCGCUGACCUUGGAGGCCAUGAGAUCCCAGAAGACCCACUUAUAGCUGAAAAGUACUAUGCAGAUGUAUUUGAUUCCUGUUCUGAAGAGAGUGAGGAGGAAGAAGGAAUCUUCUCAGGAUCACAGGAAGAGAUGGAGGAGGGACCACAGCCUGCUUACAGAACAAACCAGGACAGUGAUAUUGAAGCUCUGGUCAAGUGUUUGGAGAAUGUCCUGGGUUACACGUCUAUGGACACAAGGACCGUCCGCAGUGCAGCUCCAGACACGCCCCCUGGACCAACAGUCUUCAACAGCGCGAUGGCUGAGACCAAGGUGAAACGCAUGAGGGAAUCAGCUGUGCGGAAGCUGGGUGCGAGCGUAUUUGAGGAGGUCUAUAAUUACCUCAAGAGAGCAAGGCGGCAGAAGGCCAGCGAUGCAGAGAUCCGCGCCUCUCUGGAAAAAGUGGUGCCGCAUGCCAGCGACUGCUUUGAGGUGGACAGGCUCCUCUACUUUGAGGAACAGUUGCUGAUCGCAGCAGGCGAGGGCCGCCGCCUCCAGAGUCAUCCCUCAGCAGCUGCCAAAGCCCAGCUCGCGCAAGGGGAAAUGAAACCGUUGAACGCAUAGGCUGGACCCGGCUGUGGGAACAGGGGCUCGGCCGCCACCACGGUCUUCCUUUCCGUUGCUUGUCAAAAGCGAGGCUACACUAGAGUGCAGGAGAUGCCUGCCUGGCCCACAGGGCUGGGCAGUGAGUGCUGGCCCUAAGCUGGUGGGUCAAGCUGGGGGUUCUGGAAAGCGCCACAGCCUGCAGGGCCAUGCCUGGCCACCACCAGAAGCCCGCUGCUCUCUGCCGCCCCCAUGUGGAUGGACUCGGCACCUGGCCACCUUGGGUCACUGUGCCGAGGCCAGCCUGCUCCUGGAGGCCACCAGACACAGGCCUCUGACUCGCCGAGUGGCCACCCAGGAGUCAGACACGCUUGUCUCGGGUCACCCGAUUCUGGUUCCUUUGGCUCUUCUGCGAUCACUAAGCAAGACCUGGUUUCAAGACCCCACGAGCUUGAGCUCCCAAAUUCAUCGAUGGGUUAUUGAAGACUUUGUGCUUAAUAAAAUAGCUUGAGGCUUUCUAGAAAGAAGUGAAAACCCCAAAGAAAUGGUAGCGGUCAGGCCUGAGCACUUACAGACUAUUUUGACAGGAGGGUGACAGAUUUGUGUAAGUGACAAGACAAAGGAAAAGGGACUUGAGCCCCGCAGGGGGGUUACUUUGGGGGAAAAGUGACUGGGAAAUAUAUUGGGGAAACUAAUGACAGAUCAGGGUGGUUUAUGUAGAUUGAUUUGUUCAGAUCUCUCUCAACAUCCAUCCUGUGCUAAGAAUGAGCCCCUUUUCCUGGGCCUGGAGAGCACUGUUCUCAUGGGAAAUGUGUAGAAAGAGGAGGCCAGGGGUGGGGUCUUCCUGCAUCUGCUGUUUUUUAAAUGUUUUCAGUCAGAGUGCUCCCAGUGCCUGGUGUGGCACUCGGGAGGGUGAGGGGGGCACAUUUUGGUGCCAUACAUUGGGACAACAGGUGCAACCUGAAAAUAUCCCACCCACCUGGGAUGGAUGCUGUGGACCAUUUCAGGCGUAAGAGAAAGGAAAACUCGGAAGAAAUGCCACUUUGGAUCACAGCGCCAUGCCCUGUAAAGGGAACUUCCUCCUCUUCCCCAGGAGUGCGGGGUGGGAGCACAGGAUUUAAGAUGUUCAGAAGGACGGUGCCAUUUAAGACUGCCUGGGAAAUGCUUCCCCCCUCAGCCACACUCUGUCUUCAGUUUGGGCCACUCUAGUGUAUUUAUCACUCAUCCAGCUGCAAGAUAGUGAGUGAAGACUGGUAGAGGAAUUGAAGAGCUGGAAAGUUGGUGUUAUGAAACAGUCACUGGUAUAGCAAAGGGACCCUGCUAGG